AUGGAUAGCAGAAUUAAUUGGUCUUGGCAAAGCUCAAAAAUCUUUAGUUCAAAACAGGCGCGAGAGUUAGCAAACGACUUAAACCCUUCCAUUUACGUUACAGUCUGGUGGGAAAGGCUCAAUGUACCAGUAAUUGCCAGGAUUUUACAAGGUAAGAAAAUUUGGGAGAAUAAACUGGCAUUCUUCUUCUCUUAA